UGGCGCUGCUUACACAAAGGGGCCGCGCGGAGGAAAUGGCGGCCGUGGGGGCUGAGGGCAGCGGCAAAAUGGAGGAGGCGGCGGCGGCGGCGGCUAACGGGGCAGGCAGCGCCGGGGACGGGCCCCCUAAGAGCUUCUGAGGAUUAGAGCACCUCUUGAAAGAUGCCCCCCUUGGUCGCUUCCUUAUCUGGCAGAGGCACUCCACUGGUGUGUAGGGAAGGCCCUGAAGGCCGCAUGUGCAGAAGCACAAGAAACAAACAGAAUCAUGAUUGUUAGUACAUGCACCACAUCAAAUCACUAUAGUAAAAUGCACCCCCUUUUUUCUUUUUCCGUUACGUAAUCAUUUCUCACUGUCCCUUGGCAAGCUCACAGCUUCAGUGAACACCCUAAACAUGUGAAGGUGAACGACCAAGCCAGAAUGAAAAAAGGAAAGAGAAAAGUGUCAAAAGAGGGGGAAAUCGUUUUGAGCCAUAUGCCAACCCUGCUAAAAGAUAUCGAGCUUUUAUCACAAAUAUUCCAUUUGAUGUGAAGUGGCAAUCUCUCAAAGACCUGGUCAAAGAGAAAGUUGGUGAGGUAACAUACGUGGAGCUCUUAAUGGACGCUGAAGGAAAGUCAAGGGUAAGUGAUUGAGAGAAUUUCUUCUGUGGAUUUUACUACAUGACAAAUGUAAUUGUAUGGUGGCGUGGAACCAAAUGAAAUCAGAAGGUAGCGUGUAUGGAUAGUGGCUCUAUAUCUAGACACUGCCCAAACCCCCUUGUGGGAUAGGGAGGAGGUGGGAAGGGAUGUGCAGAUAGUGUCAGCAUUGUGCUCAGUCGGUGUUGGCUGUGAGUGAAUUAUGCAUGGACCCUAGCAGUAUCUACAGUGGUAUGUUAACGUAAAACGUGUCUUUGAAAAUAAUCAUUUGUAGUUGUUGAAUUUAUAAGUUCAGUGUGCAAAAGCAGGUUCUGUAAACAUGACACUCCCAUGCCAGUUAAUAUAAGGCAAAUGUCUAAACUUAAGACAUGCGUAGCUUUAGUAGGUGUCAAGCUAAUUUCUGUUAAGUGAAGGAAUGUUUUAGCAAAAUCAUAAUAGGAACUCACUUAAGUGUACUGAAAGGAUAUGGAUUGAGGAUGAAGGAACAUGGUGAGGAUUUUGACAGGCUACAGAGAACAGGAAAUGUUCAGUGUGUGGUGUUUUCUUGGAGAACCUGGACUUAGUUUUGCUUAUUACAACUUCAAAAACGACAGUAUAAUCCUGUUAAUGUGUGGGAGUUAAUAUUUUUUGGAAUCCAGGUAACGAAGGUUAUAUUGGGUAAGCUUGUAUUUUGUUCUUACUGUUUUUUAGAGUUAAAUUAUAAACCAAGUAGCUUUUUAAUUAAUUUUAAAUCUUUUUAAAGUUAACUUUUUGGCAUUAUGUGCUUUACUUACUUUCUUCUCUCUUUCCCUCCUCCCCUCCUUCUUACUCGUCCAUGAAAUCACCAUGUCAAGGGAUGCGCUGUUGUUGAAUUUAAGAUGGAAGAAAGCAUGAAGAAGGCGGCCGAGGUUCUGAACAAGCAUAGUCUCAGUGGAAGACCUCUGAAAGUGAAAGAAGAUCCUGAUGGCGAGCAUGCCAGAAGAGCAAUGCAGAAGGCCAUGGCAGCAGCUGGUGGCAUGGGUAUUGGCCCAGGACCAGGAGGCCCUGGAAUGAUCAACAUACCACCCAGCAUUCUCAAUAAUCCCAACAUACCCAAUGAGAUUAUCCAUGCUUUACAGGCUGGGAGACUUGGAAGUACAGUAUUUGUUGCAAAUUUGGAUUACAAGGUUGGCUGGAAGAAACUGAAGGAAGUGUUCAGCAUGGCUGGGGUGGUUGUUCGAGCUGACAUACUAGAAGACAAAGAUGGCAAAAGUCGUGGAAUUGGCACUGUUACUUUUGAACAAUCUAUUGAAGCUGUUCAGGCUAUAUCAAUGUUCAACGGGCAGCUGCUUUUUGACAGACCAAUGCAUGUAAAAAUGGAUGAGCGAGCCUUUCCAAAGGGAGACUUCUUCCCUCCAGAACGACCCCAACAGCUUCCUCAUGGGCUUGGUGGCAUUGGCAUGGGAUUAGGACCAGGAGGACAGCCUAUUGAUGCAAAUCAUUUAAACAAAGGCAUGGUAAUGCCCAACAUGGGACCUGGAGGAAUGGGAAUGGAAGGCAUGGGCUUCGGAAUAAAUAAAAUGGGAGGAAUGGAGGGUCCUUUUGGUGGCAUAGACAACCUGGGUCGCUUUCCAUCUGGAAUGAAUAUGGGAAGAAUGAGUGAGAUGGAUCGUGCGAUGAGUGGAGGAUUUGACAGAGACUUUGGAAGAAAUGAGAUGGGAAUGUCUCGUAGUUUUGGAGACACCCUGGACAGGGGAAUAGGUGGAAGUGCCAGCAUUCCUGGAAUUGAGAGGAUGGCACCCGGCAUUGAUCGUCUGGGUGCGGGAAUAGAAAGAAUACCUUCUGGGAUGGGACAUGGGAUGGAGAGAGUAGGGUCUGAAAUAGAUAGAAUGGGUCUUGUUUUGGAUCGCAUGGGUUCUAAUGUAGAUCGAAUGGCCCCAGGAAUUGAUCGAAUGGCCCCUCUGGGCAUAGACCACAUAGCUUCUAGCAUUGACAGAAUGGGCCCAACCAUUGAGCGAAUGGGUUCUGGUAUAGAAAGAAUGGGUUCUGGAAUAGGUUUUGGUAUUGAUAGAAUGGGUACUGCUAUUGAUCGUGUUAGUACAACUAUGGACAGAAUGGGCUCAGGAGUAGAUCGCAUGGGUUCUGGCAUGGAUAGGAUGGGUCUAAGUAUGGAUCGUAUGGUACCUGCUGGAAUGGGAACUGGAAUGGGUCAAGUUAUAGAUAGAAUGCCAACUGGGCUAGAUCGCAUGGGGGCCACUAGUAUGGACAGAAUGGGAUUGGAUCGCAUGGGGGCCACUAGUAUGGACAGAAUGGGAUUAGAUCGCAUGGGGGCCACUAAUAUGGAGAGAAUGGGGCCUACCAUGGGGCAGGGAAUGGGGGCAGGUAUAGAUCGGAUGGGACUUGCAAUGGGAAGCAGUUUUGAAAGAACAAUGGACAUGGAGCGUGGAAACUUCGCAGGCAGUUUUGCAGGCACUCUUGGAGGAACUGGAGGACCUGCAGCUGGGGUGGCCAGAAAAGCCUGCCAGAUAUUUGUGAGAAAUCUUCCUUUUGAUUUCACAUGGAAAAUGCUGAAGGACAAAUUUAAUGAGUGUGGUCACGUGCUGUACGCAGACAUCAAGAUGGAGAAUGGGAAGUCCAAAGGUUGUGGUGUCGUUAGAUUUGAGUCCCCAGAAGUGGCUGAGAGAGCUUGCCGGAUGAUGAAUGGGAUACAGCUUCGUGGCAGGGAAAUUGAUGUGCGAAUUGAUAGAAAUGCUUAAAUUAGUUGCAUUUUUAAACACUGAUACCAGAUCUUUUGAAUUUGUAUUUUUCUUGUUAACCAUUUUAAUUUGACUGGAUGUGAAGACAUUACAAAAUUCAGUUGCUUUCUGGAGUAAUUUUAAUUACUUUUUUUAACAAAUGGAUUUCCAUUUUACUGUUUUGCAUUGAAACUGCAAUGUGCACAAUCUUUUUUGUAGUUGUGGCAUCUUGUUGACAUUACAGAUGUAUAUGGUAUGACUUUGAUAAUAAAUGCCAGUUACUGAAAGCUUUCA